AUGACCGAAGCUGUUCGUACGACUCGCAGGCGCAAAGCAGCCAGCGAAUCCGCGGUUAAGCCGCGGCGCUCUCAUCGCAAGUCGCGCAACGGGUGCGCCGAGUGCCGCCGCCGCCACAUCCGGUGUGACAAGAACCACCCCGUGUGCUUCAACUGCAGCACCGGCGACCGCGACUGCGCUUAUCCAGCCGGGACUGUGUGGGAGGAGUCACCCAGAGCCGGAGCCGAAGCCGGAGUCAGAGCCGAACCGGACCACCGCGCAGCUCCAACCCCCUCGAGAUUUGGCAGCCUGCGACACACGCCCGUUUGCCCACCACCAGACGCAGACGCAGACGCAGACGCCUUCUCGGUAACGGACCUGCUCGUCUUCCACCACGCGCAGACGGCCAUGGAGCACGUCGGACUCGGCCGCAAGGGUCAGUUCCACAAGGUCCUCGCCCUCGGCCUGCGCCACCGCGCGCUUGCGCCGUACCUGCUCGACCAGAUCCUCGCCCUCGCCUGCGUGCACCUCGCUCUCACCCUCCCCGGCGCCGCAUCCUCCGUCUACGCGGGGCUGACCGCCGACACUCUGCGGCACCACGCGACCGCCCUGCAGACGCGCGCCGUCGCCUGCUUCAACGCGCGCAUCAACGACCCCGCCGACCCGGACGUCGACUCGGCGCGCUUCCUCUUCGCCGGCGUGCUCAGCCUGCAGUUUCUCGCGGAGACGCUCGGCGCGCUGCGCGUCGACGGCGUGUCCUUUGGCGACUUUGUCGACCGCAUGGUCGCCUGCUUCCAGCUGCACGGCGGCAUGCGCGUCGCCACCGGCCGGCCCAUCCGUGAGUUCCUGCCGCAGUCGCGGGACCUGCACGCCAUCAUGGACUUUCUGCACGUCGCCGACGACAAGGAGUGGAGAACGGCGCCGCGCGGGCGGGAGUGCGCCGCGCUCAUCACCCUGCUCGAGGAGGAGGCGGACCUGGGCGCGGCGAGCCUGGCGGCGUGUCGCGGCGCGGCACACGGCCUGCAGUGGUCGUUUGACAUGUGUCGCGGGCUGGCGGUGGAGGACGGGCCGCACGCGGCGUCGGCGUUUGCGGUGACCGCGCCGCCGGCGUACGUGGAGGCGCUGCGGCGAAGGGCGCCGGAGGCGCUGGUGGUGCUGGCGCACUUUGGCGUGCUGCUGCACCGGUGCCGCGCGUGCUGGAUCUUCGGGGAUGCCGGCGCGCGGAUGGUGAGGGCGGUGGCGGAUCACGUCGGGAUGUACUGGCGGGAGGCGAUGCGCUGGCCGCUGGAGGAGAUUGGGGCUGAGCGGUGA